AUGUCCGCCUCUCAUAUUCCCAACCUCAACACACUUCGGCGCGGAGGAGGAGGAGCUCGCGGCCGGUUCAGAGGUCGCGGAGGUGCCAGCGCUGGCUCUGCAGGCGAAGACAGCAGCAGUCCUGGCACGCGUAGCGCAGGGAAAGACCGGGUGGUGCAGGGCACAGACAACGAUGCCAGUGUUUCCCGGCUGAGUGCUGUCAAUUUGGGGUAUCUCGAGGACCCCUUUGCACAAGCAUUGACACCCCCUGGGCUGGAGACGAGGAGGCUGCCCAUCAUCAACAGAGGUACCUACGUCCGAACGACCGCAAUCGAUCGCCUUGUCUCGAACUUUCUCGAGCAGGGUCAAAGACGGAAACAGAUUAUAUCGCUGGGUGCGGGGUCGGACACGCGUGUUUUCCGGCUACUUUCCUUCCAGCAGCCUCCGGAUGUUGUCUACCAUGAGAUUGAUUUCCCAGUUAAUGCAGCUGCAAAGAUCAAAUUGAUUCGAUCAUUGCCUCUUCUGCAGCGGACAUUAGGGGUAGGGAGAUCUGGUGAAGUGACGAUUUCAGACGCAGGGGAUGCUUUGCACUCGCCAUCUUACCACAUACAUCCCAUUGAUCUACGAUCAUUGGCAAAACAAACACCACCGACGUUUUCUUCCUCUUCCCCGCAAGACAGUACAGCGAUCACCCGUCUACCAGGAGUAGACACAACACUCCCCACGCUCUUGAUCUCAGAAUGUUGUCUCGUCUAUCUUACCCCCAGCGAAGCCGCUGACGUAGUCGGCUACUUUACCAAAACCCUCUUUCCCGUAUCCUCGUCUACCGCACCACUGGGUCUCAUCAUUUACGAGCCCAUCCGCCCCGAUGAUGCCUUUGGCCGGACCAUGGUGUCGAACUUGGCUGCACGGGGUAUCCAGCUGCAAACCCUGCAUAAAUACGCGUCGCUAGAGGCGCAGCGGCAACGGCUAGCGGAGCACGGGUUCGAUGGGGGCCAAACUGCUGCGGAUGUGGAUUUUAUCUGGGAACAAUGGGUGAGCGAGGGGGAGAAGGAACGGGUUGCAGGGUUGGAGAUGCUGGACGAAAUGGAGGAGUGGAGGCUACUGGCGCGACAUUAUUGCAUUGCGUGGGGAUGGAGAGAGGGGGAUAGUGGAGGAUUUGAAGGAUGGAAGAGCAUUGCAGGGCAGUCGGAAUGA